AUGCCGCCAUGUCUACCGGAUUUCUCAAAGUCCCAUGGAUCACCGGAGGAGAACGGGGGAGAUUGGACAAAUCUCAGACCACGUUCGACUUCGAGUCACCUACAUAAUGGACAAGGUGCUGCAGCCUCCACCCAAGUCGACAUGUACGUGGGUGAAAAGUUCUUUAGGACCGUGGAGGCGAACUGUUUCGACCCGGCAGUUCGUAUCAAUGAAAUGGAUGCAACUGGUGUGAAUGUUCAAGUACUGAGCACGGUACCCAUUUUGUUCUGCUACGACAAGCCUGUUAAGCCAGCCUCUGCAUCAGCCCGGUACUUGAAUGACCACAUCGCCUCAGUUUGUCGAGAUAAUCCACGCCGGUUUGUUGGGUUAGCUACUGUUCCAUUGCAGGAUGUAGCGUGCUCAGUGGCCGAACUCCAUCGUGCUAAGAACGAUCUGGGUUUGAAAGGUGUUGAAAUCGGAACCGAGAUAAACGGGCGUUCCCUCGAUAAUCCAGAGUUUGAACCCUUCUGGGCUGCCUGUGAAGAACUUGAUAUGCCCAUUUUCGUCCAUCCUCUGGGAUAUGAACUCGAGCGGGAGAACAAGAGUCGAUGGAGUAAUUACUGGUCUGCAUGGCUGAUUGGAAUGCCCAGUGAGACGGCUCUUGCAAUCCAUGGCAUACUCUCGUCAGGCGUGCUGGUACGACACCCGAAACUUCGGUUGUGUUUUGCCCAUGCUGGGGGUGCAUAUUUGCCUCUUCUCGGCCGCAUUCAGCACGGCUAUGAUUGCAGGCCUGAUCUUGUUGCUCAUAGUUCUCAAGGGGUGUCCCCGAAAAGUUAUCUCGAAUCUCAGCAACAUAACAUUUGGAUUGACAGUUUAGUUCAUGACCCUGACCUGCUGCAACUUAUCUGCAAGAAAAUUGGGCCGGAGAAAAUUAUAAUGGGAAGCGAUUAUCCAUUCCCACUUGGUGAAAUGCCCAUUCCAGGAGAGAUGUUGUGCAGCGAUAAACGAGUGAGAGAACUAUUUUCUAGUGACGAAAGGGCACGGAUGCUUGCAGGAAACGCUAUUGAGUUCUUAGGCUUGCACGACAUGUUUCACAAAGCAUAG